GGAAAAAGAAAAUAAUACCUUGAUGUUAACUAGCAUGAAAGAUACAGACUCACAAAAUAUUGACGUUAAAGGUCGAGAUAACACGCAUGACAGCACUCAAAUAUCUGCAUUUAAUGUGACUUCCAAGGAGUGUAUUCAAAUUCCUCCUCCGAAAUCUCCGCCGAAAGCUUCGAGCUUUUCUUCAAGCUCUUCUUCCAGCUCUUCUUCCAGCUCUUCUUCCGGCUCUUCUUCCAGCUCUUCCUCGAGCAGUUCAGAAGAUUCCGAAGACGAUUCAAACCAAGUCCGAGUGAAGAAGGUCAGUAUUUCUAAUGAGGUAUCCCAUAUCGAGCCAUUAUCUUCCCCAGUGUAUAAUGUUAUCGACAACUAUCCGAACACUGAACAAAUCGAAAUACCUUCCUCAUGCAACUCCGUUGCUGAUAGUGAGGAGGAUGACAACACAAAUACUCAAUUGAGCUCAACUGUGAACGAUAAACGAGCUCGGCAGGGUAAACCGAACAUCAAUAUUGUUCCUUACUCUUCCACUGACGACUCUUCCAGUUCAGAUAGCGAUACCACUCCUUCAAAUGGAUGUCAUAAUAAUGAAAAUGAUACAACUGGAUCUAACAUUGCCGAAAAUAACGAGCCUUCUUGUAAUAAUAAAGGGACACGAAAAAGAAAAGCGGCACCUGAGAGUUGGAUUCGCAACACAGCCAAGAGACUGAAAAAUAAUGGUAAGUCGUAUACUUCAAGAUCGAACCGUAUUGUACCUGAGAAAACAUUGAAACCACCCUGUACUAUAAAAUGUAAGCGAAAUUGUACCCAAAUCUUCACCGAAACUCAACGCAAAAUAAUCUUUGAAAAUUACUGGGAAAUGGGUGACUUGCAGCGACAACGUGAGUACAUUUUACGGCAUAUUUCUCCUAUCUACCCAAAAUACUCGUACAAAGUUCACAACAGCAACCGUGGUCACAAUAAUGCAUUCUAUUUCACUGUAAAUCAGCAGAGGAUAAGGGUGUGCAAGACAUUUUUCAAGGCCACAUUAGAUAUCACAGAUCGUGUCAUCAGAACUGUAAUACAAAAAACUGAGGAUGAAAAUGACAGUUGUGUUUUAUCUUUAGAUCAACGUGGUAAGCACACAAAUCACAAAACCGUUGACCCGGAAAUUAAAGACAGCGUGCGGGAGCACAUUAAUAGAAUCCCUAGAGUAGAAAGCCAUUACGGUCGUGCUUGCACUACAAAAGAGUAUAUCGAUGGAGGCAAAAAGAAGCAAAGUGACAACAAGGGUCGGCCGUGCGUCGUGUGCCAAGGUGAUCACAGGGUGUACGACUGCCCAGCCUUUAGAAAAAUGUCAGUCGACGAGCGCUGGUCGCGGGCGUCCACCCUGAAGCUGUGCCAUGUCUGCCUCCGACCGGACCACGAGACCCGAGCAUGCAAGCCGCUCACGUCGCUGACUGCACCGCCACUGCAAGACCGGAACCCGAACCGCCUGGACCGUUUCCUGAGGCUAGAGCAACUACGGCAACACUUCUGGAAGCGCUGGUCGGCAGAGUUCGUGUCCCUACAGCAACAACGCUACAAAUGGCGCGAGAGGCAACGCGAUCUACAACUCGGGGAGCUCGUACUUAUAAAGGAGGAAAGCUUGCCGCCCUUGCUAUGGCGCAUGGGCAGAGUCGUCAAAUUAUAUAAUGGAAAGGAUGGCGUGCCGCGCGUAGCAGACAUCAAUACCGCUAGAGGGGUGCGUAACGGUCCAUAUAACAACUUUUGA